AGGGGUCCUGAACACCACACACACGUGUGUGUGGUGCUGAGGACCGUAAACAUGGCGGACCUACAGAUGAAGCUCCUGCGCAAAAAAAUUCAGAAGAGGAAUGAAAAGAAUAAAGAACGGAAACUGUUCAAGAAACAGACAGACGACGAUGAAACUGUAAAUUCAAACGGACUGGAAGAUGAAUGUUCUGCGGCGGAAGCAGCAACUUCUUGUAAGUUGUCCGAGAAGAAACAGGACAAGGCACCAGUGGAAGAUGCCAGCAUAGGGAACAGUUCUAUAAAGAAGAAGAAAAAGAAACGGAAGCUCACUGAUGUUGGCGAAUCACCAGCUGAGAAGAAAACCAAAGCAGAGUCAGAAGAAGAUGAAAGUGUGGAAGCAGAAGAAAUGUCUGACAAUGAAGAGCAGGCUGCCGAAUCAGAUGAAGCUGCAGAUGUAGAGACAAAUGAGGAUGACGAUGGUGAAGAGGAAGAUGGUGAGGAGGAAGAUCAACCUGAGUUACCAUCUGGACUAACAGGGGCAUUUGAAGACAAGUCAUUUGCCUCUCUCGAUGGAUUGGUGAGUGAGAGCACUCUGAAAGCAGUGACGGAAAUGGGCUUCGAACACAUGACUGAGAUCCAGCACAAAAGUAUUCGCCCCCUUCUGGAAGGAAGGGAUGUACUUGCCGCAGCUAAAACUGGCAGUGGUAAAACCUUGGCCUUCCUCAUUCCAUCUAUAGAGCUCAUCUACAAACUCAAGUUCAUGCCCAGAAAUGGAACUGGUGUAGUGGUCCUUUCACCCACACGUGAGUUGGCAAUGCAGACCUAUGGUGUACUGAAGGAGUUGAUGACACACCAUGUGCACACAUACGGUCUGGUCAUGGGGGGCAGCAACCGCUCCGCUGAGGUCCAAAGACUGGUCAACGGUGUCAACAUCUUGGUGGCCACACCUGGUCGUCUGCUGGACCAUCUGCAGAAUACUUCUGGGUUCAUGUACAAGAACCUACAGUGUUUAAUCAUCGACGAGGCAGACCGUAUCUUAGAGGUGGGCUUCGAGGAGGAACUGAAGCAGAUCAUCAAACUGCUGCCGAAGAAGAGGCAGACCAUGCUGUUCUCAGCCACUCAGACCCGUAAGGUUGAGGACUUGGCUCGUAUAUCACUGAAGAAAGAGCCUCUCUACGUCGGGGUGGACGACAACAAAGACAAUGCGACUGUCGAUGGUCUGGAGCAGGGUUAUGUGGUGUGCCCAUCAGAGAAGAGAUUCCUGCUGCUCUUCACUUUCCUGAAGAAGAACCGUAAGAAGAAGCUGAUGGUCUUCUUCUCCUCCUGUAUGUCUGUGAAAUUCCACUAUGAGCUCCUCAACUACAUUGACCUGCCGGUCAUGGCCAUCCAUGGCAAACAGAAGCAGACCAAACGUACCACCACGUUCUUCCAAUUCUGCAACGCUGAUUCAGGCAUCCUGCUGUGCACAGAUGUAGCAGCUCGAGGACUAGACAUCCCCGAAGUAGACUGGAUCGUCCAGUACGACCCUCCAGAUGACCCCAAGGAAUACAUCCACAGAGUGGGCAGAACAGCCCGAGGCAUCAAUGCAAGAGGCCACGCACUGCUCAUCCUGCGACCAGAGGAGCUCGGCUUCCUGCGCUUUCUCAAACAGGCCAAGGUUCCAUUGAGCGAGUUUGAAUUUUCCUGGAGUAAGAUUUCUGACAUCCAGUCUCAGCUGGAGAAGCUGAUCGAGAAGAACUACUACCUGCACAAGUCUGCUCAAGAGGCUUACAAGUCGUAUGUGAGGGCGUAUGACUCGCACUCGCUCAAACAGAUCUACAGCAUCAACACCCUCAACCUCCCGAUGGUGGCGCUCUCAUUUGGCUUCAAGGUUCCCCCAUACGUUGAUCUGAAUGUCCACAGCAGCAGAGGUGCGAAGCCGCAGAAGCGAGGUGGAGGAGGAGGGUUUGGGUUCCAGAAGUCUAAGAACGCGCACAAAUCAAGAAUCUUCAAGCACGUCAACAAAGGAAAGGGUGACAAGAGGCAGUUCUCCCGCUGAAACCCUUCAAGAAGACAACUCUCUCCCUGAACUGAUUCCUCUGCUGUCCUCACAGAGCAGAGAACCAUGGAGUGUCAAGACCACAACUCCAUUUUAAUUUCUAAUCCAAACUCACCUCUCUGUUGUGUACGAGUCAUUUGUAAAUGUCAAGACUCAGACAUUAAAUCUCUUUAUUGACUUACAAUACACAGUAUGAUAUUUCCUUCAUUUACUUGUUCAGACUAUAAAUGCUAAUUACAAUGAAAUGAACUUGAUUUAAACCAUGUGACGUGCUGAUGUAUUUGUUACAGAAUCUUUACAUUCCUGUAGCUCAUGGAAAAGUCUUUUUAGCAUUUUUAUACAACAGAUGACGGAAAAGCAAUGUACAGAAAUGCAAACAUAAUCCAGUGAACUGUAUGUACACGUGUCAAAGGCUUCUGUUCCCUUUAUAACAAUUAAAAAUCUGGACACAUUUUA